GUCGUAGCAACGUUAGUUUAGUCAGGGACGCACGAUUAUGGCUUAUGACUUAAACCCAAACGUCUUGAAGGGGUUAAGUUUUAGGGAAAACCACGUGGAUGUCGCGCCCAGCGUUAAUCCAGAAUCCUGAUGCGGUACAGCCACCCCGCUUCUUCCGGCUGUCACGAACACUACCGAGAGAGCUACCCGCGUCUGAUUGGCCCAAUGGGAUCACGCGACACAGUCCGCGUCCAGGAGUGGAGUCGCAGAUUGCGAAUCCAGGAGCCGUGGAGACGCGACCGCCCGUCACCUAAGCCAGGAGCUUCCCGUCAAUCUUGUCAACGCGCCGGUGACGUCUACGGGAGCGUCGUGACGUCAAUUUCCACUUCCCCAUUCCGCCCUCGCGUGACGUCACUUAGCCGCGCGACCCCCCCCCUCCACCCCGCUCGCCCGCCUUCCCCCUCCAAUUGGUCGAGGCCGCCUCGCGCCAUGACGCGCGCUCUUCGUCACGUGAUGGCGGUGGCCAACGGGGUCGUCGCGGGGCGGGGCCUGUGUCGCGCGCUCCUCGCUUCGUCCGCGCAGAGAAGGCUGAGCAGCUUCUUUGGCGGCGAGAUGCCGGCGGGAGACACGGCGGGGCUGGACGGGCGCCAGGUGGAACUGCUGGCCGAGAUGUGCAUCCUGGUGGACCGGGACGACCGUCCCGUGGGCGCCGACACCAAGAAGAACUGCCACCUCAACGAGAAUAUCCACAAAGGCAUGCUGCACCGAGCCUUCAGCGUCUUCCUGUUCAACAGCAAGAAUGAGCUGCUGCUGCAGCAGCGCUCGGACGCCAAGAUCACCUUCCCAGGCUGCUUCACAAACACGUGCUGCAGCCACCCCCUGCACGUCGACUCGGAGAUGAGGGAGGAGGCGGCGCUGGGAGUGCGGAAUGCGGCUCAGCGCCGGCUGCACCAGGAGCUCGGCAUCCCCAUGGAGCAGGUGACCCCCGAGGAGCUAACGUACCUGACGCGCAUCCACUACGAGGCUGCGUCCGACGGGGUGUGGGGCGAGCACGAGGUGGACUACAUUCUCUUCGCGCGCAAGGACGUGGAGGUGACGCCCGACCCCAACGAGGUGCAGAGCGUGCGCUACGUGACGCCGGACGGCCUGCGCGAGCUGCUGGCACGCGCGCGCGACGGCUCCGCCCUCGUCACACCCUGGUUCCGUCUCAUCGCCGAGUCCUUCCUCUUCCGCUGGUGGGACAACCUGCACGACCUGGAGUCUUUUAAGGACCACGCCACCAUCCACCGCAUGUGAUGAGGAAGGCGUGGGGGCGAGGAGAGCCCCGGGGCAAACGGAGAGGCCCGGCCGAUAGGCCUGUGUCUGGCGAAUAUGGAGCAGUGGCGAUUGUGCGAAAGGGUCUGACAGGGGGGCAUGGGUCCACCCCCUCACCAAUGAGCAGCAGUGCCCCCCCCCUAAAGUGUCUCUUUAUUCAGAGGCAGAUUCUGAAGAGCAACCGGGGAAGCACGUGCGCUGAAGAAGUGAUCCCGGUCAAUGCUGCUGCUGCUGCUGAUGUCACCACACCUCAUUGUUAUUUCCUCUACUCUGCCACAGAGUGACAAAUUAGACACGAGACCUCGGUCUCCUUGUAGUAUCAUCACCACUUUCUGGAUUUAGGUUUUCCACUUGUCACGUGGUUGGCACGUCCUUCAUUGACAGCUGUACAUUUCCAUCGUUAUCUGUCGUUGCAUUCUCUUCAUGUUAAAAGUCAACAUGUCCUUGAAAGGCCGCUUUUACUGUCAUCACCAACAGCACCUGGUUUUCGGUCUUCUCUUCCCCUUGCUUGCCGACUUCCUGGAAGCCACCCCAAUGCCCAUCUCGGUCACCUGUACGUCUCCGUCCUGCACCUCACCAUCCUGCACCUCACCGUCCUGCACCUCACCGUCCUGACGUCCUCUUUCUGAUCACUUCAACAGGAAUCUCUUGCCGUGUUCUAUUCCCAACCUCAAAGUUGCGUACCCUCUCCUCCUCCAUCCUGUGUGUACAUGUCUCACUUCUUUCCUGAUUACACCUACAACCUUUUUGUAUAUCACGUUCUGUUCGAACUUUCAAGUCGCUUAAUCUGUCCUAUGGCGAAUUGGCUCGCAUCCUCCACAUUGUGGAGGCAACAAACUCCAUUUCUCAUCGUUUAUGUAGACACAAUCAUCAUCAUUAUCGCGGCUCUAUCCACUGCUAAAUGAAGGCCUCCCCAUUCCAUUGCCAUGUCAUGGCCUCGCGAUGGUAUAAUUAAAUCCAGCAUCUCCGCUUGUGCGAAUGCAAUCUCCUGUGGACGUCUUCUCGAACGCGUUUCCCUCCUUCGGCUGCCACUCUUUCCGUAGUCUCAGCCAAUCAUGCCUUCUGCCAAAGCCCACUCUGCUUACUGGUGAUGUCUUUUGUCUUGAGUGUGUUCCCUAAUCCACGUGUUCCUCUUCCUACUCUGUAAUUUGGAGGGUGCGCACCUCUUCUGUGCUUGCGCCUCUUCAUGGUUUUUGUUGUAAUAUGCACAAUGCAUCUUAUGGGCCACAAACACAAAUGCUAUUUUGGUCCAAUGAAGUUUUACAUUGAGGAUUGGGUGUAUCGGCGAGUGCCUCCCCUGUCCACCACUAUUUUCUGAAUCGACAGCUGCUGUGCAAUGAGUCGGCAGUUUUACCCCAAGCCCCGAAGCUGGUAUUGUCCUUGUCGGUUUACGUAGAUUUUACUUCGUGUGCGGAUGUUUUAAUCGCGGAUGAAACUGAUUCGUCUCGGCCGAUUUCUUGAAACUACUAAAACUCGCUGCUUGAGUAAUUUGAAAAAAAGUUACCCGUAAAUUACUCAUUCUACGGAGCAUUCAUCACCCUCCCACUGCGAAAGCUUGGCAGGACCCUCUUGAGAGAUUCAUGAGACUCGGUAAGACUUUGCUGGGUUAACGAGCGUAAUCCUAAUAACAUUUACCAAGAUGUUUAGACUGAACACAACUAGGCUUGCGCCUCAGCAUUUGUGUACGAAUGCCUCCGGUUUCCGUUGACGCGACACGUAAACUGCAGUGGAAAGGUCUGCGGAAAACUCCGCACAAUGUCGAUCAAAGUGUCUCCAAGCUCAUGGGAGCUUUGAGACGAUGCUCUUGACCGUUCAUGGUCAAACAAUUCCACAUUCUUAUGGCAGUGGCCAGUCCAUCUCGCGAGAGGAUGACCACCGUUCAUCAGUAGAUUCUUCGAGGCGCCUCACCUCUGCGCAUGAUUGUGCCUCUUGUCAAGUUGCGGGUGUUUCUUUUUGUGUGUUUCACGGUUGUUGAGCAUGGGCCCGAAAACACUUCGGCAACUAGCGGCGCUCGUGAAGGCGUCAUGGAUUCGAGUUUGCGUUUCUCAGAUUGAGGACUGCUCCGCGAACUUGAUUCGUCUUAGGAAGCUUGAGAAAGGAGACAACGGGAGUUUUGAAAUGGAGUGGAGCUUGGAAAGCAGUAGAACCCUAGCGGAGUUGGGUGGCUGAACGUGGUGUGGAAGAGGCAAAGCGGUCGGUCCAAAUAGAUUCUCUUCUCCCCCCCGCUGUAAGGCAUGGGUGGAGGGAUCGAUAGCCGUUCAUGGGAAGUCACCAUGGUGGUAGCUGCAGAAGAGGUAUGCAUUGAGUGUUAAACGUGUAAGAGGCUCGUGUACUUUAUCUGUAAGAGGCUGCAGCAUUGUCAGUUGGUGUCAACAGCUUGGUUGCAAUCGCCUACAACAGCAGUGGCAGUAAUUGCAUCGCCUGCACUGCCCGGAGCCAAUUUACAAGUGGCUGAAAAUGAGGCAGCAACAUGUGGCUGUUGCAGGCAGUCGUGAGAGGUGAUGUGUAGCGAUAAGCCUCUUGGCUGUUCCCUAUUGGGAAAUUGUGUAGGGGAAUGUGGAAUAGGGCUUGCUUCCUCUCUAAUGCAUAAUGCUAAAAAUGGAAUGUAGAGAAUAAAUCUUUCAACACGGUCCUGCUUCCCAGCCUCAUCUAACGGGAUUGAACAUGCGAGGGUUCAUGUUAAGUGUGGUGUAGACACGAACUAACAAACGUGAUAUCCCUGGUCCAGUUGUGCCACUGGGCUGAGAUGUGAAUACCUCACCUGGUAUACAGGUCGCUGGGUUUGAGCCCCACUCUAAAAAGACAUUGAGUGGUCAUUUUACAACUUGACAGCGGAACAUAAACUAUAGCUCGACACCGCUAGGUUUUCGAAUUUGAGAAGUUGCAACAAGCCCUUAUUCGUGUUACCCAACAGCGGUAAUCAACCUUUGCCACCACCAUCAAGACCAGUCACUGGUCUCCGCUCCCAAAAACUCCUAACGUUGCCAAGGCCACACUACACAGAUCACGUUUACGCCUCGAGUCAAUGUGAAGCAAUGACUUUCACGUUGUGUUUUGUUCGACACGUUAUGUAUUAAUGUAUCAGUGCGUUUUAUGGCCGCUGACAUUCCCCGCGCACAAUGUAUCCUGCACAGUAUCCAUGCCACCCCCCCCAAUAACCGCAAACCCACGAGGUUGAAAAUGGCCACCGUCUUGUGCCCACUACCCCCCCCCCCCCAUCUUUUAUAAAGGUGCAUAGGCAGCAAAAGAAAACGCAGUAAGGAGCACACGGUAUGUACAUGUUUUUUUAAUUGUCAGCGGAGCGAUACAAUCACCCACCACUCCGAGGCACAGUCACACAAACACAUUUGUCAUAUUUCAUUGGGUUUGUAUUUUGCGUCAUCUGCUUCAGUUUCUUACUCUUGUUGCCCACCGAGUCCAGCAGCACUUGUGACCAUCGCUGUUAUACACAGGGCAAACGGGCAGGAAACUGAUCCUGAAUACAAUCACGUACUUGUUUAUAACUUUGAUAAUGUUAUUGUUAUUUUGCGUUAACGUUUUUGUACGUUUUCUGUCAUUACCAACUGCCCUAUUCAAGACC